AUGCUGAGAUAUCGAUCACCAAUCAAAUCACAAUCAUCGUGGUCGCCUUACUCGCUGUCACCCGUCAGUAAAAGCAGCCAGUGGCUCCUUCUUUCACCAAGGAAAUCGGUUAGGAAGAUACCAAAGGCACCUUUUAAGAUUCUCGACGCUCCUGAUUUACAGGACGAUUUUUACCUGAAUUUACUCGAUUGGUCAUCGCAGAAUGUCCUUUCUGUCGGUUUGGGAUCGAGCGUCUACCUUUGGAAUGCGUGCUCUAGUCAAGUGACGCGCCUUCACGACUUAUCAGCUCAACAGGACGAAGUCGCAUCGGUUGCAUGGUCGGAUAAGGGGCACACCCUGGGAAUCGGCACCAAACGUGGGUACGUCCAACUGUGGGAUGUCGAUGCCGAGAAGCACAUUCGGUCCAUGUCGGGCCACACUUCGAGAGUCGGCGCUCUGGCUUGGAAUUCUGAUUCGCUCGUCUCGGGAAGUCGAGAUCGACGGAUUUUCUACCGGGAUACCAGAAGUCCGGACAUGUUUCUCUCGUUUCUUACGGCACACACGCAAGAGGUGCGCGGUCUCAAGUAG